AUGUUCUACUGGAACCCAAAUUGGACUGCUUUCGAGGAAUACACUCAUUCGCAAAUCAGUUUGGUUUUCAGGAGAGACUGCUCCUACCUGAUGAGGGCGAAAUCGAUCGUGGACUGUGGAAGAAUUUUUAGCAACCUUACAUUCACGGUUCGGGACAAAGGCGCUUUGACAGAAUCCAUGGUCGUUGACCCCGUUUACCUGCAGCACAGACAUUCACAUAAAUCCAUCGACUUCCGGAAAAUGCCAACUGACCAGUUACAAACUAUUGGACAAGGAAGCAAAACUCUCAUUUGCAUCUUAUUUACAAAAAACAGAACGCAUCUUCCCGAACUUUCAUGUAUAUGCAUUGAAUGUUGCUCAAAUCCCAGUAAUUGCCACAAAGCGACUCCACGAAUUCCGCAACAGAUCUCGCAUUUCAAGAGACGCAAACACUGGGGAAUUCCACUGAGUCGCCGUUUCCGCGCUCUCAAGCUCUGGUUCGUUCUUCGAACUUACGGUGCGAGUGGGUUGCGCGAGUAUAUCAGAAAUCAUGUACGACUGGCUCAACUAUUUGCUGAGAAGGUGCGAGCUGACAACCGUUUUGAAAUAGUCGGAAAGCCAACAAUGGGUCUAGUUUGCUUUCGCCUCAAGGUCAUGUUGGGGGCGAGAUGGCUUAAGUGGUCGGAGCGAAAAUCCACUGACCGGAAGGUCCGCGAUCCGAACCCGACCUUUGUCCCUCGAUUUCCCCUGUCUAGGCUUGGGCCAGCCCUCGUGCUUCCUUCGGACGGCAUGGCAGCUAGGCACCGGAAGGGUGUUACGGCUGAACAAGGUCCUGAAUGGAUUCAAGGUUCGAACAUCCUAAAUCAAUACUUGACCCGUGCGAUUAAUGAAAGUUUCGCAUUGCACGUGGUCCCCGCGGUGGUCGAGGACAUCUACUUAAUACGGUUUGCUCUAUGCAAUGAAAAGGCCAAGGUGGAACACAUAGAACAUGCUUGGGCAUGGAUUCAGCUGAUCGCGAACGAAAUCCUGGCAGCGAGGGAUGCCUUGGACAAAUGGCAGUUAUGUAUGGCACGUUUCACAGACAAGAAGGUACGAUCUUUUGAUAUUAGCUUUGAGGAGCUGUAUGCCUCUGAGGAGAUCGACAAAUCUGUGGAACCUACGAAAGAGAUGGAGGCAGUUUGCGAUCUGGAAGAAAAAUUGACCAAACUAGCUCGAUAUCGGCUGGCCGAAUUGCAGGAAAAAGGUGAGAUCGAGGCGUACCGCUUGCUGUUGGACUACCUUCAAUCGUUGGGUUGGGAAGCUAGCAGGAUUCUUGAAGAGUCUCGGAGUGAUGAAAUUGAUAAACUUGGGCUGAAGGAAGCAAGAAAAGAGAAUGAACCAGAACAGGGUUCAUCCACAACGCACAACCCCCCAGUUGCUCGCUCAUCAGAAGGAGCAUAUUCUUCCUCUCGAUUAGACAAGAAACCGUCUACCCAACUGCAGCUGGAACACGGAAUGCCCGAGCUUGCCAGAUUGAAACAGUGGCUGGAGUUUUCCGAUUUCAGCGGACAGGAAGGCCAAGAACGGAAUAACUAUUCGCGUAACUCGCUUACAUCCAGUACGGUACAACGAAGGCCUACUCUAUCCGGGACCUACAGCAGCGCAUGCUCACCCACUCCACACUGCGAGCUCAGUAGCGAUGGAACUAUUCCAUGCGCUGGUUCACUCUUUAUUACCACUGAUGGCUAUUUUGACGAGCCGAAGAUCAGUGAGCGCGACCUCGGAGUAGGUCUCAUUCAAACAGACACUCUGACCAGACUGCGAAGACACGCGUUGAUACGCAUGCUAGCCGAUCCCAUGGUCAUACAGCGAGAUGCAGGCGAGAAUGCGUUGGACAAUUGGGAUCGGAAGGAAUCCGUUUCACAUGUUCCACACUGGAAACAAAAAAUGAAACUAUUCGACAAAAUGCUCACAUCCAUUGAACCGAUGAAUAAGUUUUGUACAAACAACGUAAAUGGGUCAUACACGUCAGACAGUAGUAGUCGUGGAGAUGUGGUGACGAGACGUGUUGUCCCACAACUGUUCCAGUCAAUGCCACCGCACCAACCGAAGUUAGAAGAAGAGAAACCGGGGACUGAGACUAGUGGUAGAAACUAA